UGUGUGUGUGUGUGUGUGUGUGCGUGUGUGUGUGUGUGUGUGUGUGUGUGUGUGUGUGUGUGGCCCCAGGAGAGGUCUAAAAGAACAAUCAGUGUAGAAAGAGAGCGAACAAGAAUGAAGAGCCGAGACAGAGGCCAAAAUAACUCGGAGAGAGAGAGAGCGACGGGGACACAGAGGGAACCACGGAAAGAACAACUGACAGACAGACGCACGGGCAACGAAAGACAAUCUGAUCCAAAAGAAUACAUCCGGGAAGAGUGUGGCCAGGACCAGGACCCCGCUGACCCGCUACAGGACCAGUACGGAGGAGGACCGGGCCACGAUGGACUAUGAACCGAAGAAGUCCAAGAAGGUACAACAGCUUCUAUUCUUCUCCCGGUAGUUUCCGGGCUUCCUCUCGUGAUGAUCAGGGACCAUGUCAAUGUUCUCCAGAGGUAACUGCACCACAUGUCCUCGCCGCGUCGGAAGUCUGGGGCCCGGUUGAGCGCUCGGCGAGUCCUGCCGCUCACGUACAAUAUCAAUCCGUCCCAAGGGAAUCACUGCCGCGGGGGAAAGUCGCUCACAGGGACGCCGAAUUAAGUCUUUCGAAUGGAGCCCAGAGUUUUGUUUCCCCCAUUAGGCGGCUGGUCUGGUCCAAAGCGAGUCGAAGGCCAGCAGACCGAGGCAGCGUUUACCGCCGCCCGUUGCACACCGUCCCCCUCUAUCCCCCCGACUACGUCAUCCACCCGGAGAGACUCAUCUUCGACUACGUAGAGAAGGAGGUCAAGUUCCUCGGUCACCUGACCUGGGUGUCGGUUACACUGAACCCCUCCAGCCGAGACGAACUGUUACAACUACUGGAUACCGCCAGGCAGCUGAAGGUGCUGCCGCUGAAGACCAGCGUGGAUCAGGACUGCAUUCUGAGUCUGUCCGCCCGCUGUCUGCUGCUGACGUGGCGGGACAACGAGAAGCUGCUGAUGAGGGUCCCCACGCACGAGGUCGCCGCUGCCUCCUACCUGCGAGACGACGCACUGCACCUGCUGGUCCUCAAGACGGGUCUGAACGUGGACACUGUAGUUGCCGGGGACGACAGCCUGGACAGGAAAAAGCCAACAGGCAUCGACGGGCGUCGUCAAACAAUGAGCUGCAACGCUGACCCACGACCUGCAGGGGGCACAAUGGAGCGACGACACACCAUCUGUGGCGUGGACUGGAGGCCGUCACUGUCCAGGAGCAACCACGACAAAAGCCAGAACGUGGAGAGAGGAGUUGUUGGAGGUGGUGGAGGUGGUGGAGGAGGAGGGGAGAGGGGGGGAGGUGGGAGUCUAGAGAGGAAGCGAGUGGGAGGGAGCUGGGAGAGGAGGCCGCAAGCACGUAAAACAGGUGGAAGCUGGGAGAGUCGCAGGGCAAGACCCGUGAGCGGGAGCUGGGGGGUGGGAGUGGGAGGAGGUGGUGGAGGGAGCUGGGAGAGGAGAGGAGGAGGUGGUGGGGGUGGAGGGGGCAGCUGGGAGAAGAGAGGAGGAGGCGCGGGGGGAAGCUGGGAGCGACGGCAGGCCUGCACAGGGAGCUGGGAGCGGGGCAAGAGCUACGGCAGCUGGGAGAGGAGGAACCACAACCCGCUGGAGCCCACGCCCUGCCCUGACGCCUACUGCAACCUGGUCAUCCUGGCUGUGGAGAACAGGGAUGCUGCAGAGGAGUACUGCUCGCUGAUCUGUCAGAUGUUCCAGAUCAUCUACGGCCACCAGACCAUCGAGUGCGUCGACAGGGCGGGCUUUCACCACACCAUGCCGGACCGCUAUUGGCUGCAGAGGAGCGACAGUUGUCUGACCGACAUGUCCUACAGUUACGACCCAGAGUUCAGCUGCUGCAGCUCAUAUGAUGGCUCCCAGGACGCCUUUGAGCUCUACUACAGCGAGACGUACAGCGAGAGCUCGUCUCUCUCGCCGCAGGACUCCCGUCGCAGUCUGGCCUCAGCCAGUGACGCAGGAGACAGUGACCCGGCCCUGCUGCUGAUGCAGGAGUACAUGAUCACACUGCGUAACAAGCUGAGUCCGGUGGAGUUGCAGCAGUUCGCGGUGCUGCUGAGAGAAUACAGACUGGGAUCAAACAUCGACCACUUCUGCUCUGAGCUGCUGCAACUGUACGGAGACAAUCGCAAGUUCCUGCUGCUGGGCAUGCGUCCAUUCAUCCCGGACAAAGACGUUGGAGUGUUCGAGAGUUUCCUGGAGAGCAUCGGGAUCCGAGAGGGCGGGAUUUUAACCGACAGCUUUGGACGCAUCAAACGCAGCAUGAGCAACACGUCGGCUACGGCCAUGAGAGGGUACGACAACUGCUCUCUGGCCUCUGGAUCUCAGGAGUUCAACCGGCGCAUCACGGACAUCACCCACGACAUCCAGGCGCUCGGCUUCCAGGACACACACGGAGACAUCGAGGAAGAGGACUACUACCUCUGAUGGAGGGUAGAAUGAAGAGAGUGACUCUGAGCCUGCCCGCGCGCCCCUCGGCAAGACCAGCGUGUGUUCUCUCCAUUACAACACAAGUGAACUGUAAAUAUCAUUUUUUAAGUUUUAUUUUAGGUUUUCAGUCACAAGAUCGACCUGAGCCAAACAGAGUUUUCUUGGGUUAUUAUUUUAGACAUGACAAAAAUUAGUUGACAUCAAAAUGAAAGUAUGUAAAUCAUUUACAGAGCUGUUGUAUGUUUUUGAGCAUCAGAGGGAUUGUAGUACCUGUCAGUGACCACAUGGAGGCAGCUGAGAUGGAAAGAACCGAGUAAAAUCUGCUUCUGAGCUAAAGGCUCCAUUAUUAUUGUUACUUCUUUUUUUUCCAUUUUUACACAUAACUGUCACAAAGAUAAAAUGUACUCUACUCACAAAUGAGUAUUCCAUUUAUUUAAAGGGACCUGAGUGAAAAACAUAGAUAGAUACACAAAUCUGUGAAUUUGUGUGUGUGUGCGUUUGCCAAUGCGGCAUUGACCCGUUGUAAUGGCGGCAGCAUCAUGACCUUAGCCUGGUUCCCAUGGUGCACUGCUCCUCUGUCCCCCGGCCCUCUGCUCUGCCAGCCUCACUGAACAUCAGAGAGAGUCGGUUCACCCCAUGGGCUUCACCGGAGUCAUGUAAGUCCCCUCGCCUUCAUUAUGUAAUGGAACAAUACUGUGUGCAUCAUCAGCAGGGUAACUUCAGUGUGUGUGUGUGUGUGUGUGUGUCUUUGACAGCAGACACAUUGUAUAGUAAUAAACGUGAUCCUCAUCGUCAGAUUACAGCUCUGUAAUCUCUGCAGUCAACCAUAUGAUGUAAUUUACCAUCAUAUCAACAUCAUACUACACACACACACACACACACACACAGCUGAGCACCAUCAUGGUUAUGACAUUUACCACCUGUCCAGGGUCAAAAAUGAUUUUUUUUCUCCUAAAUGUUCUGACAUUUUACUGUUAACAUUUGUAUUUGUCUUAUUGUUUUAACUUGACAUCAUCUGUUAAGCACUUUGAACUACACUAAUGAACAGGUAGAUAUUGACAAA